AUGUUCAUAGUUCACGGCUAUGUAACUGCAUAACAGCGAGUGGCCAGCCAGCCAAACAACCUAGACUGGGUCAAACAUACCUGAAAGAUUCAUAUAUGCACAAGAAUUAGUGUGAACACAACCAGAACAUCAACUGUUCGAUAACCAUUCCUGCGACGGUACCAUCAGCAGUGUUGAAAAUUUCCAGUAAACCGAUACGGUACUUUUGUCCUAGAAAAGCAUAUCUACAUCCCUGCAAUGGAAUUGCUGUCGAUUUCUUCUAACGAAAGGGCAGAAAUUUUAAAACAUUACGAUGUUUCCGAAGCACAGGUAACAGAAGACGUAGAAAUAAUCAAAUCUUGGAAGCAAAAACAACCACAUCUACCGGAGAACAUAUCAGAUGGCUUCAUUGCGAGAAUGUUACUGAGAAAUAAAUUUAGAGUCGAGCGUACGAAAGAAAAACUAGAGAAUUACUUUACACUUCGAAACUACCACCAUGAUCUUGUUCGGGAUUUUGAAAACAUUGUCCCGUCGAAGCACUUCAUCACGCACCUGCCAAUGCCAAAACUGACACCAAACUACGAACGUGUUAUUAUAAUGAAGUUAAUUAACACAGACACUGAUGUUUAUGACAUAAUGGAACUUGUAAAGUUGGAUUUGGCUGUGACAGAAAUACUACUGCAGUAUGAUGAUAGUAUCGGGGUUCGGUAUGUGUUCGAUUUUGAAGGAUUUACGUUGAAACAUCUGACUAAAUGGAAUCCAGUUAUAAUACUUAAAAAUGUAACACUCAUUGAAAAGGCAUAUUCUUGUCGUGUAAUGAGUGUUCACUGUAUCAAUUUCCCUGAAUUCGCUAGCAAGAUCCAAGGAAUAUUUAAAAUUGUAUUGAGACCGAAGAUUUAUGAUAAGUUGAAAAUUGACAGCGACCUAGAGUCUCUCUAUCAGGUGAUACCGAAAGAAUGUUUACCUUCCGAAUAUGGUGGUUCUUGUAGCAGCAUCCAGAGUUUGUUGAAAAAAUGGGAUGAAGUUUUGCAAACCCACCAUAAUUUUUUUUUAGAAAAUUACAAAAACGUUUCCUUGGAGCAUUUACGACCAGCUGAUUUUAACAAAAGUGAUGCAUUUGGACCUGACGGUACUUUCAAAAAGUUAGGCAUCGACUAAUAGAAUAAUAGAUGGCAUAUGAUAACAUAAAUUAUAUACCUACAUGUUUAAUAUGUUGUCAUAAUUGCUGUUUUACUAGUACAAUAAUAGCACCAUUAUUUUUUCUUUGUUUUAGUAAAAUUACAAAAUUAAAAUUUGUUGACCUUGUAGGCAAUAAAAUGUUAACUAAA